UCUCCACCACCCCUUAUUCGUUCUUCUUCCUCGGGGCGGGCAGGGCUGCAGCAGUUUUUAUGAACGAAACGGCUCGUGCCGUUUCAUUGACAAACAUUUUCCGGUUGCUGCAUCGAGGAGCGGAGCAUCGCCGGGGGAGCAGUGCGGAGCAGCAGCAGCAGAAAGCAGAAGGCAACAGCUGCAGUGAUCAACAACAACCCCCGGUGUUUAAAAGCUGUUGAUACGCCACCUUGACCCGGACCGGAUCCUCGCGGAACCCCUCUUCCUCCUUCACGCUCUCUGGAGACAGCCAGAAGAAUCACCUGAGGGGGAAUCACUCAGACAGCGUUUGCCACUCAGUUCCCUAUGAGGACGUGACGCGGCGUCGUUAACGCUCACUCACUGGCAGGGGUUUGUUUAAGGACUUCCACGAAGCGCCCGGACGCAGCGAUGGACGAUUCUGGAUGCUUUUUAAAAAUCACGAGACUGCAGCGACCGGUGUGUGAUGCGAACUGAGCGGUGGGGGGUGUAGACUCCCACCCCGCACCCCACACACCCCCACCGCCUUAUCCGUGAACACACCCCAGCCCUCCCAACCUGGACCCCACAGCCGUGUUUCACUUCACCGAGAGAACAUGUCACGCGCAGCGGCUAUCGCAAACUCCCUGAUCCGUCAGAAGCGACAGGCGAAGGAGCGGGAGAAGGCGAACGCUUGUCGCGGUAGCGGCAGCCCGAGCAACAGCAAAGGCACAAACGAGAAGCAGAGCAAGCUUAACGUGUUCUCGCGUGUCAAAUUGUUUGGAUCAAGGAAGAAACGGAAGAGAAAGCGACCACCAGAGCCCCAGUUAAAGGGCAUUGUGACCAGGCUUUCCAAUUGCCAGGGCUUCCAGCUGCAGAUGCAGCCUGAUGGCACUAUUGAUGGAACAAAGGAUGAAGACAGCACCUAUGCUGUGUUCAACCUGAUCCCAGUGGGGCUUCGUGUGGUGGCCAUCCAGGGCGUCCAGACCAAACUCUAUCUGGCAAUGAACAACGAAGGCUUUCUCUACACCUCUGAACAUUUUACCCCAGAGUGUAAGUUCAAGGAGUCUGUGUUUGAGAACUACUACGUCACCUACUCCUCCAUGCUGUACCGGCAGCAGGCUUCAGGUCGGGCCUGGUACUUGGGACUCAACAAGGAGGGGGGAGUCAUGAAGGGGAACCACGUCAAGAAGAACAAGGCCGCAGCACACUUCAUACCGAAACCGCUCAAAGUGGCCAUGUAUAGGGAGCCCUCCCUCCAUGACCUGACAGAACUCUCACGGUCAGGGAGCGGCACACCAACCAAGAGUCGCAGCGCUUCGGCAUUACUUAACGGCGGAGGAAAGUCGCCCAGCAACAAUGAUUUAUCAUAGCCCUGCACUUCUCUCUUUCUCUCACACACACACACACACUCAUAGAUAUACAAACACACACAGAUCUCAGGCCGACAUGCCCACACAUGAUGGCUGGUGAGGGGCAGGAGGCGCCGAGUAGAAAAUGAAGGAGGACCGGAAUGUGUUCUUCCACUUAACGGAACCCCUGUGACUGACUGUGAUGUAAAUAAAUCAAGGACAAUCAAUCCGUCUGGCUCUGCUGAUCUGGUCUGCAGACUACAGGACCUGUGAAUCUUUUCCAUGGACUACCCUUCCUGCUGUAUCAUAACCAGACAGAAGGGAAGAAAAGCUGGAUUAUCAUAGAGUGAGAGAGAGAGUCAGUCAGUCACAGUCAGAAAAACAGACUGUUACAGAGAACCAAAGAGUCCAAGUAUUAACCAAGUUAUUUGCAGUGAUAAGGAAAGUGACAAGAAUUCAGAGAGAGGAAGGAAGUCUUUAUCUAUUCUACCGUAUGCUAUGUUUACACAGAGCUCAUGGGUUUGUCAUAUUUUUUUAAAUGACAAGCAUAUUCCUUGUACACAUAUGAGGACUGAUCAUUUGUUUGCAUGCAGGUGUGUGUGUGUGUGCGCGCGUGUGUGUGGUCAAGUACACGCUGUUCUUGCAGUAGGGUAAGUGAGAGAAAGUGUGUGUGCAUGCUUGUGUGUAUGUGUGUGUUGGGGGGGGGGGGGGGGGGGGGGGGGGGGGGGGAUUAUACCUUUUUAAGAUCUGUUGUAUAUCAGACAAACGUCCUGAGGGCUUUAGCAGGUUAAAGUAAGGUUUACUGUAUAUGCUUCCAUGCUUACUUCUUACAAGCAAUACUAUUGUUUAUCUUUGCGUUUGUUGUUGUUGUCCCUUGCUGUUUGUUUGUUUGUUUGUUGCAUGGGAGCUUGUGGACCUCUGCUCAGUAGCAGCAUGCCGAAGGUCAGUUUUUUUCGGGUCUUACUGUAAGUGUUUCUGACCUAAAGAGAACACUAGUGAGCCAAUAGUGACAUACCAGAACACUAGUGAACCAAUGGGAGGGUGUUGGAACACUGCUGGACCAAUAGUAUUGCACCAGAACAUGAAUGGUGUUGGACCACAACCACCUGGACCAAUAGGAGCACAGACUAACUUCAUAUUUUGGUUCCUGCUGUGAACAAACUAGAGAUGCACUAAAUAAACUAUUUCUAAA